UUUCAGAAGCCUCAGCACAAAGCCUGUGCUGGAGGAGCCACAGAACCACACAGGCCUUGCUCAGCUUCCCUCUUGUUCUCGGUGUUCCAGCUUCCUCAGCAGUUCACCCUGCACUGGCUGUGGGGGCUGCCUGGACCCUGCCCUGCCCUGGUCUCCUCUCCUCAGAGCAUCCCUCCCUCCUUCCAUGCUUGCUCCCCUACAGCUCGAGAAGAGGACCCAUGGCCUGGGAGGACACAUACCUGCUAUCCCCCAUUCUGCUGGUGCUCCUGGUCUCAGGCUGUUGCACAGAGGACACAGAGUUAUUGCAAGCAGUGGAGGGCCAGAUCUUUCUUGUGAAUUGCCGGUAUAAUCGCAGCCAACAAGUCAACAUGAUGAAGGUGUGGUGUCAGAAAACAUCAACAGAAAGUUGUAAAGUGUUAGCAUCCAGUCUCAGCACAAAAGCUCAGCAGUCAAAAAUCUUCAUCCAGGACCACCCUGACUCUUACUACUUCACUGUCACCAUGACUACACGCACAGUGAGAGACUCAGGUCUCUAUUACUGUGGGAUCCAUGACAAUCGUGGAACAAUCGCUGUUCUCAAAACCAUCCGCCUGGUGGUGACAAGAGAUUCUUCAGAUAUGUCCACUUCUGACAUCAUAACUACUAUACGCCCAACUAAAGUUGCCAUCCUGGUUACUACAAAAUACCUGCGCAGAGACUGGACUAUGACACAAUCCACAGCUGUUGUCUCUUCUCCUGACCCUGGAGUCACCUUCUCAAACGUGACAAAUAUUCCCAGGGUCUCCAUAUCCAGCAUCAUGGUUCCCAUGGUCUGUGGAGUUCUCAGUAAGACCCUUGUCUUCAAUGUCUUGUUUGCUGUCACAUGGAGGUCAUUUGGAGGACAAACCAUGAAGCCACACAACAAUGGCCUUUGAUUUUAAGUCAUGUCCUUCUCAGAAGAACUGGGGGUGGGGUGGGGCUAAGGAGAGACUGUGACAUAAAUUGAACCUGUAAUCAUGGAUGACAUCUAAGAUCAGAACUCCCCUGCUUGCCCUGCCCUUUCUCCACAGUCCAUCCAUCAUCUUGGGUAUGUACUCUGUACCCUCAGAAAAGGGAUAACAGUGCCCAGCACCACACUGGCUAUUCCACCUGAAUGGAUGAA